AUGAAGUAAAUGAUUCAGACGAUAAAAAUUCGGUUGAAGCAAAUAAAUCAAAUGAUUCAGAUGAAGUAAAUAAUUCCGACAAAGAAAAUUCAGUUGAAGCAAAUGAUUCAGAUGAAGCACAUGAUUCAGACGAAGAUUCAGUUGUAGACUUAAAGCUUUAUAAAAAUAUUUUUUUAUAUAAGCAACAGAAUCUGAAACAAUUACUUUAG